ACAAUGAACUGCAUGCCGUGGGAGCUCUUCUUUAUGGAAUCGAACAGAAAACGUUUUCAGCCUUGGAAAGACUACAUGGGUCUGUCUGAUCUAAUCCAAGGAACCCUGGGUCGGAAUGCCACCACCCAGAAUCGCUCUUUGGCCCCUGAAGAUCUGCAUUCGGAAUAUGACGUUGACGCGGCUUUGGCUUCUCUGCGCUGUAACGCAGUCGCAAAAAGAAUCGACCCUGUUCCAGCUUUUCGCGUUGGAUCUCUAAACCGAGGAUCCUCCGCGCGACAGCCAUCUGGCGGCCCGUGGGACCUGUUGACAGUUUCUGCUUCUGCUCAUCCGCCAAUCCAAGAUGUUUUGGGAGGAAGGACAAACGGCCCGCAGCAUCGCAGCAAGACAGCCCGUCAGCAGACACCCGAGCCUCGAUCUCGGAACGUAAUCGGCAUGAAGUGCAGUUUUUGUAAACGCAACGGCGAGACUGAAUUGGUCUAUAAUUCUCACUGGCUAAGGAAUCUCGCCGGAGAGGUGGAGUGCCCGUAUCUUCGCCAGUACGUGUGCCCUCUGUGUGGUGCCACGGGCGCCCAGGCCCACACCAAACGCUAUUGCCCAAAGGUUGGCACCGUCUACACUUCUAUUUACACCCGCUCGGGCGCCGGAGCUCCACGACGAAACUUUCACCCGGCUGCACCGCGGAAAGCUGACUUUUAA